CGACACCGCGUCGCCACAGGCAGAGUCUGCAGACGCGAGAUCCCAGGCAUCAUGUCAAUACAGAAGAUUUGGGCCCGGGAGAUCCUGGACUCCCGUGGGAACCCCACGGUGGAGGUGGAUCUCCACACUGCCAAAGGUCUUUUCCGGGCUGCAGUGCCCAGUGGAGCUUCCACUGGAAUCUAUGAGGCCUUGGAACUGAGGGAUGGUGACAAACAACGCUACUUAGGCAAAGGUGUCCUGAAGGCAGUGGACCACAUCAACACCACCAUCGCUCCAGCCCUCAUCAGCUCAGGCAUCUCUGUGGUGGAACAAGAGAAACUGGACAACCUGAUGUUAGAGCUGGAUGGGACUGAAAACAAAUCCAAGUUUGGGGCCAAUGCCAUCCUGGGUGUGUCCCUGGCUGUGUGUAAAGCAGGGGCAGCGGAGAGGGAACUGCCCCUCUAUCGCCACAUUGCUCAGCUGGCUGGGAACUCUGACCUCAUCCUGCCUGUGCCGGCCUUCAACGUGAUCAAUGGUGGCUCUCAUGCUGGGAACAAGCUGGCCAUGCAGGAGUUCAUGAUCCUCCCAGUGGGUGCUGAGAGCUUUCGGGAUGCUAUGCGACUGGGGGCGGAGGUCUACCACACACUCAAGGGGGUCAUCAAGGACAAGUAUGGCAAGGAUGCCACCAAUGUGGGAGAUGAAGGUGGCUUUGCCCCCAAUAUCCUGGAGAAUAGUGAAGCCUUGGAGCUGGUGAAGGAAGCCAUAGACAAGGCUGGCUACACGGAAAAGAUCGUCAUUGGCAUGGAUGUUGCUGCCUCAGAGUUUUAUCGUGAUGGCAAAUAUGACUUGGACUUCAAGUCUCCCCCUGAUCCUUCUCGAUACAUCACUGGGGACCAGCUGGGAGCCCUCUACCAGGACUUUGUCAGGGACUAUCCUGUUGUCUCCAUUGAAGAUCCAUUUGACCAGGAUGAUUGGGCUGCCUGGUCCAAGUUUACAGCCAAUGUAGGCAUCCAGAUUGUGGGUGAUGACUUGACAGUGACCAACCCCAAGCGCAUCGAGCGGGCAGUGGAGGAAAAGGCCUGCAACUGCCUCCUGCUCAAGGUCAACCAGAUUGGCUCAGUCACUGAAGCCAUCCAGGCGUGCAAGCUGGCCCAGGAGAAUGGCUGGGGGGUGAUGGUGAGUCAUCGCUCAGGAGAAACGGAAGACACGUUCAUUGCUGACCUGGUUGUGGGACUGUGUACAGGCCAGAUCAAGACUGGUGCCCCAUGCCGUUCUGAGCGUCUGGCCAAGUACAACCAGCUCAUGAGAAUUGAAGAAGAGCUGGGAGAUGAGGCACGCUUCGCUGGACAUAAUUUCCGCAAUCCCAGUGUGCUGUGAAGCCCCUCCUUGCCUGGAGAUUGGAAUCUCUCUCCCAUCCUCAUUGAGCCUCUUCCUGUCUUGAUCUGUGAUAUUGCACCUGCUGAGAUGUUCAGAGCCCCAGGGCCACCAGAACUUCCCUAAGGAACCUUCCCCAGCUGCUCCUUGGCUUGCCCAACCUGCUUUCUCUGCUCUCUUUUUGGGGCCACUGCUUGGGUUUCCACACUCUCCACUUCUCUUUCCUAUUUUCUCUUUCCACAAAACCUGGAAAUGGGUAUGAGGAUUCCAAGGAGGUUCAUAGAAGAAUGAUCAGGGUCUGUGAUGGAAGCAUCAGGGUUGGUGUGUUAAGGUGUUUAGAGUGGGGCCAUGUGUCACUUGUGCUAUGUACUUGUUCCCCUAAGUUUUUUACGUUGCACAUGAACUAUGAACUGCAUGCAGUGCUGAGGUGUGAGUGCAGGGUGUAUGGUUGUGCCUAGUCUAAGGCUUUGGUAUGUAUAUGUAUGUAUGUAUAUUUAUUUAUUUUUCAUCUUGUGUCUCUAACACUAAAACAGGCCUUUUUUUUAGGGACUUCAUGUAUGCAUUUCGUGUGACUGUGGAUCCCAAGAUGACCUGGGUUGGGAGGUCUUGCUGGAAUGGGAAGGGUAACAGAAAGGGAGCUUGCCAUCAGUUCCUUUCUGUGUGACAGAAGCCUGGUUUGGUCCAGAGGUGAGGCUGUGUGCCUGGGGAACUCUUCUCCUAUCAAUCUCUCCCCAACCCUACGUUCCCUGUUCUUUGAGCUGCACCAGAACAACGUCUCACUCUCCUGUGCCAUGUUCCACAGUUGCUAGCACCUUUGUGGCAUUGAGAGCACCACCAUUAAAGUCUGAAUUACAGUGCA